UCUCAUUUGCUCCGAAUGCCCGGGCCACACUGGCCCCUGCUAGUCUCUGCGCUGCAACCAUGGGCAUAACUGACUGCGUUCGCCUUUGAUCAAACCAGUCUGCACCAAAAGUACAUGCGCGACCAAAAUCGGUUUGAGAAGGAGAAGGAACAAAUCUCGUCCAAAGGCGAGGACAGCUACAAGCGGCUCCGAAAGGCCGAGCGAGAGCUUGAGGACACAAAGGAAGACAGGCUGAGGCUGCUGUCCAAGAUAUCCGACUUGGACCAUGCACUCAAGCUCUCCAACGAAGCCAUCACCCGUCUCACCGCGAAAUACGAUUCCGACAAGGCAAUGAUAUCCGAGCGAAGUGACAGCCAGGUGAGCGACCUGACGACCAAGCUGGAAACCGUCACGGAAGCUCAUGCACGAACAUGUCGGGAGUUACAGCAACUACUCUCGGAACAGCGGAGAAUGGCCGAGCGAUGGAAAGACGAGUCGACUCAGAUGGCCAGCCACUACGAGGCUCUCCUCACAGAUUCCAAGACGCAGACGCAACGCUACAUCCAACGAGUUGAGGAGCUAGAGGCCUUAAACGAACGACUCUCGGUGACAAAGAAGGAGCUUCUGGCGCAAGUCACCGACGAGAAGAAGAGCCACGCGCGGAUACAGGGCCUACUAUACAACCUCGAGUCCAAGAACGAGACCGUUGUCAAGCAGCUACAUGAGCUGAUGGAGCGCGAGAAAGACUGGGCCGAGGAAAAGCGCCGACUUCAGCGGUCGAUUGACCGCAUCCAGCUGGAAAAGGAGCGAGAGCGGCGCGACCGCACCAAGGAAAUCGCGCUGUCGAACCACAUGAGCUCAAAGACUGCCCCGAUCAUCAGGGAUUUACAGGAAACGGUGCAGAGCGACGAACGGGAGUUUGGGGAGCACGAGCUCCGGGCACUCAAGAGCGAUCUGCAAAGAGUCAAGAAACGGGCACACAGUAACAACAUUGCGGAGCUGAACGAUCUCAUCCUGACGAUGGACAGCGACUCGGACCUGGAGUGACGAUCCUGUGGAGCGAUCCAGACGACGGCGAGGUCUGGCCAGCUCACGCGGGUCC